AUGUGUACAGCUCAACAUCCUCGAGAAAAGCACAGCGAGGACGAGUACGAACCCGUUGUCUUUCCGCGUAACGAGUGGCCCACACGUACCUACUACUUCCCCGGUGUCUUCGAGUUUGGUGGCCUCGGACGCCGUGUGCGUUUCGCUGCGCAGCAGGCGAGCCGCCGUGUUGCGCAAGGCAUAGAGAACGGAGCGUUGGACGGUUUCGCCGAUGAACUCGAUCUGAACUUGGCCGUGUUGGACGUACUCCGGGCUGACUGUCGUGUCGCUCAGCAAAUAAUCACGACGACAGUCGAGGAAUGGCGAGACUGGCUCCGCGAUGCGACGCAGGACGUCCUGACCACGGCGCAAGAAACGCUCACAGAGUGCGACCUCGCCCCCUGCUCGGCCCUGGAGCGAUGGCCCGACGCCCCCGCAGUCUCAGACACUGUCAUCAGGUGCAUGGAACAGGUGUGGUGUGGGCGUGACUCGCGCGAGGCCCUCAGUGAUCCAGCACCCAGGAGCGCGGUGCUCGCCUUGGUCGAACGCUACGGUCCCACUGAGUUAGAGAAAGCCAUGGUUUGGUACGGUCGCACGAUGGACCCAGACAUCGACGACUCGUCAAGUCACAUUGCCGUGAACUGGGAAGGCACCCGCAUCCCUGUACCUUGA